AUGGAUUUGCGCACGAUCAUGAACACCGACGCCGGCGGCGCUUCCAAGCCUACUGCGCCCACACAAACCUCUAGUUCUCCGGUCGAUCCUGCUCAGCAUCAGCGCGCACAACAGAACUACGCAGACUAUGCCGGUCGUCCCCCACAACCCCAGUUGCAGCAUUCGCAUGCCUCCUCAGAUCGAUCCUCGCCCUACGCUCCUCCCCAAUCACCUUACCAGCAGUUCAAGACGGCCCCCGCGCCUCCACCAUUGAAUACAGGAACGCGAACCCGUCGGAGCCAAAGCCCUUCCCAGGUCAUGACUCCGUAUGGGCCUGGUGCGCGUGAUCCGUACGGCGCGUCGGCCUACAAUUCGCAUCCAGAGCACCCCGCCGGCCACUUGGCCUCACCGUACACGCCGCAGCCCAUGAGUGCGGGCCCUCAUCAUCCCGAACAGGGAUCGUACUUUGCACAGCAGCGAUCUCACUCGUUGCAAUCGGUCAUGACGAACCCGCACGCGCCGGGCGAGACGUUCCGCCCCCGAGACAGCCCUUCCUCCGCCUCACAGGCUCUCCCACCCCGUCAGUUCUCUCCUCCUGCGCAUCGUCCUCCCCCAGAUACACCUCUGGGACCCCCCGCCGCCUUUUCCUCACGUCAAUCUCCGUCCGCGCGUCCGCAAUCUUCUGGUCGCGAUUCUCCACGCAAUCCUAUGUCCAGCCCACGGCUCAUACAGGACACACAUAUGCGAGACUCGACUCGGACUCAGUCUCCUUCUCUGCCCAGGCAUUUCUCACCCAGCUCUAGACCGUCCGAAUCAACUCCUCAACCUCACUCGGCCGGCUUGAAGCAAGAGCAUUUGGAAACCGUGAGCCCGAGGGCUUCCUCGAGACAGAAUAGCGUCGCAGGUACAUCUGACUUGGCUGGUGGAGCUCCAUUGCGUUCAUCAGAAGAUAGAAAGUGGAAUGAGAGUCCUACGGCACCAUUUUCAUCGGGACCAGGGGCGGAAGCACGUGUCUCACCCGUCGCAGCGGCUCAUACCCAGAUGAAUAGCUCACCUUCCGCACCGAGAAGUGGAUCUCACCCCCUGAAGAUGGAGCUCGACCAGAAGCCAAUGUCACGUGUUGAGAAUCAACAACCAAAGCCGAAGAGGAGACGGUACAACGAGCCCCCGAUUUAUGCUCAACGAUCCGUCCGUACCAAAGGCAAAUGCCCUGUGAUUCCCAACCCACAACCUCCGGUUUCCAAAUAUUUACGGCAAUCGAAUCAGGAUUCCUGGGCUCGCAGGCGAUCCUCGACGAACACGUCUGCGGUGACCACUGCCACUGCCGCUUCGCAUGCUGCUCGGACACCGGGCUCUGUUCUACCGAACAUGAAUGGCCCUCCCGCUCAGUCUGCACCUCCACCUGCGCCGGUGCCUCAAGGUGUACCUUCUGUGGGAUCUCUGGGGCCAUGGGAACCCUCGAUCACCGGACUAAUUCCGUACGAGGAGAUUACAAAAUCCCUUUGCGAUUUCCUCUUUCAGCAUGUGGUGAUGAGAAACGAUGUGGCUGUCGGAGGAGCAGGCUCUGCUGCCGCUGGGCAAGGAACGAUCAUUGAGGUCGAGGCGAAACUAGGCCACGUUAUCGAUCAGGAUCGUCGAGAAAGGUUGCGCUUGCCGGUCCUCACAGAGAGCGUCAUCAAUCGCGACUCUCCUAUCCGAACAGCAUUUGAAAGCAGCAUGACAGUCGAGCAACACCGCGCGAUGAACAAUUUCCUGAACGAGAACGUCAAGGCGUCCAUGCCUGCCGCCGACUCAAAUCGCAUCCCGCUCUCGUACGCGCACAAAAAGGAGCGUGAUACCUUCUACGAAGUCAAUCCGAACGAGCUCCCACCAGUGAUUCGCCAGAAUCUGAAUCCUCGCCACAAACCCAAAGUCCGUGUGACAACGGACCAACGAACCGGUGAAGUCAUUGCCAAGAUCAUCAAAUGCCGAGUCGCCGACAUCGAUGUGUACAGCCCGCGCACCACAGUCGACUGGCGCGUGAGCGUGAAUCUAGAAAUGGAAUACGAAGGAGACCACACCAACCUCCCCAUGGUAGACGCCUCCAGGGGCGGCCGCGGCGAGCGAAACAAGGACCGCAUGAGUUAUCGACAUUUGGCCUAUCAGAUCGAUUUGACGCAGGUGGCCAGGGCCGAGCCUCCGACGAAAAACGAAUUCGAGCACGAGCUCGAGAUCGAGGUCUCAGCUGCUGAAAUCCGUCGCCAAGGUACUCUGGCUAUGGCCGGUGAUCCGACAAACCAGUACGAAGAUUUGGUGAAGGGCUUUGUGGAUAACAUUCGUGUGCUGGCGCGAGCGGUGCCGCCUUGA